CUCCACUCCCAGCUCCCUGCCCUAGUAAAUGGAGCCUACAUAUCCCCACAUGCUUUUAACUCUGGUGAACUUUAAAAGGUGCAUUCUUGUAAUCCCAGCAACUCUGGAGGCUGAGACAGAAGGAUCACAAGUUCAAGAAUUUGAGAUGGAACUAAAGACCUACCCCACCCAUGAUGCAGAAAACGCCUUUAAAGUGAGACUUAGUAUCAGAAGAGCUCUUGGCGAUAAAGCAUAUGUCUGGGAUACAAAUGAAGAAUAUCUCUUCAGAGCGAUGGUGGCUUUCUCCAUGAGAAAAGUUCCCAAUAGAGAAACAACGGAAAUUUCCCAUGUCCUACUUUGCAAUGUAACCCAAAGGGUGUCAUUCUGGUUUGUGGUUACAGACCCUUCAAAAAAUCAUACUCUUCCUGCUGUUGAAGUACAGUCCGCCAUCAGAAUGAAUAGGAACCGGAUCAACAAUGUCUUCUUUUUGAAUGACCAGACUCUGGAAUUUUUAAAAAUUCCUUCUACUAUUGCACCACCCAUGGACCCACCUGUUCCCAUCUGGAUUAUUAUUUUUGGUGUGAUAUUUUGUAUCGUCAUAGUUGCAAUUACGCUACUGGUCUUAUCAGGGAUCCGGCAACGAAGAAGGAAGAACAAAGGACCAUCUGAAGUGGAUGAUGCAGAAGAGAAAUGUGAAAACACCAUCACAAUUGAAAAUGGCAUCCCCUGCAAUCCCCUGGACUUGAAGGGAGGGCACAUUAAUGAUGUUUUUGUGACAGAGGAUGAACGGCUCACCCCUCUCUGAAGGGUUGCUGUUUUGCUUCCUCAAGAAACUUAACACUUGUUUCUUUGUGACUGCUAAGCAUCUUAAAAUAUCAAGGGCAGAUUAUAUAUUUUUAUUUUGCCAUUCUUCUUUUGUAAGAAAUUUUGAAUGUAUUUGAAAGUGAAAGGUAAUCAAUUUUACCCAUGAAGACUACUGAAAUCAUAGGUGGCAACUACUCAAAAUAUUUUUCUGACAAUACAGUGUGUAGGUGUAGUCAUUUGGUAUUGUAGUUAUUGAUUUAAGAAUUUCUAGAAGUAAAGUCAGAAAUACAUAUAUGUAUAUGUGUAUAUAUAUAUAUAUAUAUAUGUAUGUGUGUGUGUAUAUAUAUAUAUAUAUAUAUAUAUAUAUAUAUAUUUCACACUUCAAAAACCUGAGGAAAAUUAAUUUUACAGUGGAUAAUACCUGUAACAUGGUAUAUCAAUCACUGAAAACGGAUCCUUUUUUAAUAUUGUUUAUAACACUCUGUAUAUGACUAAGCAAAAGUAAAAAGCAAUUAUUAUAAACAGAAUGGAUAAAAAUGGGAAUAUUGAUUCACAGGAUAGAAAUUUUCCUGUUAUACCAACAGGAUAUAUUGCUUAUCUAGUUUCUGAGUAUCAGUCUCUAAUAGAAGAGUUUUAUUUGUUGACUAUUUCUACAAUAUGUAAAAAUUCAGUCUAUGCUAAUUUAAUAAAGCACUAAUCACCUCUUUA